AUGACAGAAUCUCUGGUAUCGCUUCUGGAGGUUGAGCAGGUCAGUGACAGGGUAAUUCGGGUUCUGGGUGGUAAUCCCAGCAAGUUCACGCUGCAAGUCGGUCGCGGCGCAUCGCGACUUCUCAUCGAUACCGGUGAAGGCAAGCCGCAAUGGAUAGCCUCGAUCAAAUCUCUCCUUUCAAAGGAGAGCAUCGUGAUUGAUAAAGUACUAUUGACGCAUUGGCACCACGACCACAUCCAAGGCGUCCCCGAUCUCCUCGAGCACUAUCCAAACACGAAAGUCUACAAAAAUGACCCGCACGAUGACUGGCUCCCUAUAAGUGAUGGGCAGAAAUUUGAGACAGAAGGCGCGACCUUGCGCGCCUUCUUCUGUCCGGGGCAUACCACAGACCAUAUGGCAUUUGUGUUGGAGGAAGAGGACGCAAUGUUCACAGCGGACAAUGUGUUAGGCCAGGGCACAGCUGUAUUUGAGGAUCUAGCAGCGUACAUGAAGAGCCUCGACGCCAUGUCGAGGCAGUUCAGGGGUCGCGCAUAUCCCGGCCAUGGACCCAUCAUCGAAGAUGGUCCAUCAAAAAUCACCGAAUACAUCAAGCACCGCAAGCAGCGCGAGAAACAGGUGUUAGACGUGCUAGCAGAAGACAAAGGGAAUGGCAUGGAUUCGAUGGAUAUCGUGAAGGUGAUAUAUAAGGACUAUCCAGAGAAUCUAUGGGAACCUGCGGAGAGGGGAAUACGACAGAUUCUUGAGAAGCUAAAGCUGGAAGGCAAGGUGGGCGGAGAGACGCUGUGGACGCUUAGUGGGAAGAGUAGUCUUUAG